CGCAACAUGCAGUUGUGAAUCCUUGCCCAAGAUUCCAAUUAUCACUUGUGCAUUUGAGUGCUUUGGCUAUCUUAAUUUGCAUCGUUUCCUCUUUCAUUCCGUCCUUCCUACCAAGAAAACCAUGACAGAGUUCAUUCUUUCCAAAGUGGGAGAGUUCGCUCUCUCUAAAUUAUUUGAGUCGCUGUAUGAUCGAUUGGCGGUUCCCAAGUUUUGGGACUUCUUAGGCGGAGAGGGAAAGGGCAUUCAAGCAAACCUGGACAAGUGGAGACAAAAGCUGCAAGAUAUUCAGAACAUGCUUGAUGAUGCGGAGGAGAAGCAAUAUUCUGACAGGGUUGUGAAGCUCUGGCUGGAUGAUCUCAAACACUUGGUUUACGAUGUGGAUGACAUAGUGGAUGAGCUUGCCACUGAUGCAUUCCUAGCUGAAAAUCAGGCUCGCCCAAGUAAGGUACGCAAACUCAACAUCCCAGGUGCUUCGUCUGCUCAUAAGAUUGAUAGUACGCUGCAGUUAAAGAUAAAGGAGAUCACGGGUCGUUUCAAUGAAAUCGUGACCCGGAAAGAUCAACUGAAUUUGAAGGAAACCGCUGAUGGGAGGUCUCAUAGGAAAACAGGAGUUCCGGCGCCAACUUCGGUACUGACUGAACCGGAACCUCAUGUUUAUGGCAGGGGCAAAGAUAAAGAGGCUGUAGUUGAAUUGUUGGUGGGUGAAAAAUAUUGUAGUGAUGCUCAACUCUCUGUGAUUCCUAUUCUUGGUAUGGGGGGCAUAGGGAAGACAACUCUUGCCCAAUUGGUGUACAAUGAUGAUGCAGUACAAAAAUCUUUUGAUUUGAAAGCAUGGGCUUGUGUUUCUCAAGACUUCGAUGUUGACAGAGUCACAAAAACAAUUUUACAGUCCCUCAAUAUUUCUGAUAAUUGUGAUGGCAAGGAUCGAAAUUGGUUGCAAGUCAAACUCAAGGAGGAACUGAAAGGCAAGAAGUUUCUAGUCGUUCUGGAUGAUCUUUGGAAUGAUGACUACGAUAAUUGGAUUAUCCUACGUGCUCCUUUUCUAGUUGGGGCUCCGGGAAGUAAGAUUAUCAUCACAACUCGCAAUUCAAAAGUUUCAUCAAUGACUGGUACCGUUCAAGCCCACAGCUUGCCACUGUUGUCAGAUAAUGAUUUCUUCUUCAUCAACGUAAUUUCGGUGAAAGUGGGUGAUAAUAUAAUAUAA